AUGACAGCUACAACAAAAGCCCCACUUCAAAGUAUUAACCGCCCAGGUGAGAAGGGCACCUGGGCCAAUGUUGGACUUCGUUUCAAUUCGUUGCUAGACGAAGAAAGAGAUGAGGAAGAACUGUUCUCAAUGCUUAACUACCAAGAUUUCACCCAACAGAAUACUAAAUCCACAUAUUCCCCAAAGCGGCAGCAAGAAGUCGUUAGUGUUAAGAGAAGAAGGGUCGUGCAGCAAAAACCUCGUCCUAGACCCGAAGAACUCAGAUGUGCAGACAUUUUGCCGAUAGAAUAUGCAAACAUGUUCAGUUUUCCCAUAUUCAAUAAGAUGCAAUCUGAAGCUUUUGCAGAUUUGUAUAAUUCGAAGCAGAACCUUGUCAUAAGCGCUCCUACAGGGUCUGGGAAAACAACCUUGUUUGAGUUGGCUAUUAUAGCCCUGUUGAGAGAAGUGACGUGCCCCAGUGCUUUGAGGGUUGUGUAUACAGCGCCAACUAAGUCUUUGUGCUACGAAAAGUUCAACCAGUGGAACAAAAUGUUCCAAAGUCUGAAUGUAAAGCUUAUUACUGGUGAUACGGAAAACCCUGUUCAAGAGCUGAAAUGUGCGCAAAUUGGAAUAACAACACCUGAGAAGUUUGAUUCUAUUAGUCGGAAUCUAAAGGCGCAAAACGAAUACCUCCAUUCUGUUUCUCUUUUAUUGGUAGAUGAGGUGCAUACAAUCAAAGAUAAUCGUGGAGCGGCACUCGAGGUUGCAAUCGUGAGACUAAACACUCUGUCUCCAAAUUUGAGGAUUAUCGCGGUUAGUGGCACCAUUCUUAACCCUGAAGACUUGGCUCUUUGGCUGAAAGCCAAACGUUUCGAAGGCCUGCCAGCAAAAGCAUUGAAAUUCAAUGAAAGUCACAGGCCUAUAAAGCUACAAACUUUUGUUCACGCGUAUUCAUGCAAGUCCAAAAACAGCUUUCAAUUGGACAACUUAUUGAAUCAACGCCUCACUAACAUUUUGAGCAGGUAUAGCAAAAGCAAACCCACGUUGGUCUUUUGCUGCACUAGAAAAUCUGUUGUAGCAUGUGCCAAGCAUUUGAGUAAGAGAUGCCCUAUUAAAAACAGUAAUUUGCGUCGAGACUUCUGGUCAGAUAUUUCGGACAAAAGCUUACAUGAAACUGCAAGAAACGGUGUAGGAUUUCACCACGCGGGCCUUUCACCAAAAGAUAGAUUAACUGUCGAGCAAAACUUCCUUAAUGGAAAUCUUAACGUUUUGUGCUGCACUUCCACGCUCGCCGUUGGAAUUAAUUUACCCGCUUACUUGGUAGUUGUUAAGGGAACUUCGAUAGGCGGUGAUAUGGAAGAGAGAGACUACUCAGUUAUGGAAGUGUUGCAAAUGAUAGGAAGGGCAGGCCGCCCGCAAUUUGAGAAAGAGGGUUGUGCGGUGAUUAUGACGCAAAGUGGGCUCAAAGAGAGAUAUUCUAAUUUAGAGUAUGGUCUUGAAUGCGUAGAAAGUGUCCUACACAUGAAACUUGCAGAGCUUUUAUGCGCAGAAGUCAAUUCAGGGAUCGUAUAUUCAGCGGAGAGUGCCUUACUCUGGCUCAAGAAUACGUUUUUCUAUUCUCGCUUCCAGAAGAACACAGUUUACUACAAGAAUCUUCAACUCGAAAGUCUUUUGACAAGUGAUAACAUAGAUGGAAAGCUCUUUGAAAUUUGCUCAGAUAUGCUGGCGAAAUUAUCAUUGUCUGGCAUUAUAACAAAAGAAAAUGAUAAGUUUCACGGUACGCCAUUCUCAGUUUCUAUGUCUCAACUCUCGCUUUCCUUGAAGACCGUGGAAAGAAUGAUAAGUUUACCCCUAGGUUUGAGCUUGAGCGAGAUCAUUAGAUUCCUACCACAAUUGGAUGAAUUUUCCACAAUCAAAAUGAGGUUCAAUGAAAGAAAGCUUUUCCAGGAAAUCAACAACAUGUCUUCCAUUCGAAUUCCGCUUUUCUUUGGUGAAGAUUGUGGAGUCCAUCUAACCGCGGAAAGCAAAGUUUUACUUUUACUUCAGUUUCGUCUGGGUGGUUCCAGUUUUCCUCAAACUAUUCAAGCAGCUAGCUUGAUACCUUCGUUUUAUGCCGACGUGGCGCGAGUUUUCGAUAUUACAGGAAGAAUUUUGAGAGGAUUGAGACAGUGUUUUGUUGCUAAACGAGACUUAGUCUCUUUAAAGGAAUUGUUGAUCUUGAUCACCUCGGUGACCUCUAGAGUUUGGGCUGAUACCUCGGAUAGCCUCACCUUCCUCAAAAAUGUACACGCCGAGGAAUCACAGAAGCUAGAACAAGCAGGAAUACCAUCGAUAGUAGCUUUACAAAAGGCGGAGCCAUUACGUAUUCAAACAGCUCUAAAGCUUAGUGACUCCAGUUUUUGCGUGCUCAUGUCACAAAUCAAAAGCAUACCUUGCAUAUCGAUAUGUUUAUCAUCCAAGCAAGUCUUGACGAGACAACAUGGUACUGCUCUUGAGAUAACGGUAGAAGUCAGGAUAGGGUAUAAGGGCCGCAGGAAAAAAGGCAGAGUUUCUUUCGAUGUCGUUGCAUUUCGAAGCUCUAAUCAACUAGUCGAUUACAGAAAAAUACAUCUUGGCGAUCAAAGAAGCACAGAAUCUUUCAAAAUAUUCACGGCUGUUGAUGAAGGAAGAAGUCUCCAAGUUGAAAUUUCCUGCGAAGACAUUCCUGGUCUUAAGGAGACCACAUCAUGUCCUUUAAGGCUCUCAGGUGGAAACCCUGGCUUUCAGUCCACAAACAACACACAGGUAAAAGAUUCCAUUCUGCCUUUUGGCCUAGGUGGUUCAAAUUGCUCAAAACUUAAAGUGAGAUGUUACGAUACAACCAUAGGGACAGGCGACUCGUCAGAGGACGAUGAUAUCUUGGAACUUUUUGCACGUCAAGCUCCCAAGGAUACUGUAAAAGCUGUGCCGGAACGAAGUCUUCGUAGACUGAGUUCAACUUCUUCACCGACUCAUGACAACGGUGUCAAAAAAAAGGUUGUCCUGACAAUAAGAAAGAGCGACUCUCGCUAUGGGGCCAUGCUUGUUCCCCGGACAAAUCAUUCGUCUGAAAGACCGUGUAGCUCUAUAGCGAUGGCCAACACAGAUUUGAACUUGGAGGAAUUAUUGUGUUCCUCUUCUGAAGACACACAAGGAUCGCAAGAACACGAAGGAAAUGAUUCAACGGGCAAUAUGACGUCAGUUAUCGAACAGAUGCCUAAGGGAAAUGAGAAAUUGCCUUACGAAACAUGA